UCUACUCUAAUAUUAGAAGCUGGAGGACAGACAACUAUGUAAAAAGAACAGCGUAGUUCUGCCAAACACUUUCAAAUUCCCAGAGUGAUGGAAAGCACAGCAGCUGUUAACCCUCUCACUAUCUCUCGCCCUCUCUCUCUGCCGUCUUCCUCUUUUUCCAUCUCCUCCUCACCUCUACCUAUCCCCCCAUCUCCCUCUUCUCCCUUUUUAUCACAGAGCUCUGGUUUGAGGUUCCAUUAUGUAACCAAGGGAGACAGCAGGAAGCCUCUAAUGCUCUUCCUUCAUGGAUUCCCAGAGAAUUGGUACUCGUGGCGCUACCAGCUGUGUGGGUUUAGUGGACAGUACCACACGGUGGCAAUGGACCUGCGUGGCUGUGGCGACUCUGACGCACCCUCCCAGCUAGAGGACUACUCUCUGGAGAAACUCUGUUACGAUAUCAGGGACGCCAUUGAUGAAUUAGGCCACACCAGUUGUGUGUUGGUGGGCCAUGACUGGGGCGGUAUGCUGGCCUGGCACUUCACGCUGGAGAGGCCUGAUAUGGUGCAGCGACUGGUCAUCAUGAAUGCACCGCACCCUGCCUCCUGGCUAGAUGCAGUGUUGAGGAGACCCUCUGAGCUCCUGCGCUGUGGUCAUGCCUGCUUCUUCCAGCUCCCUGCACUCCCAGAGUUCACUCUAUCACUGGAGGACUUCAAGUUGGUGCGUAGUCUGCUGUGUGGGGGUCGUGGUGGCAUCAGGAACCGUGCCCGCAGGUUGACUGAAGCUCAGCUCGAGGGGUAUCUCUACCGCCUGUCCCAACCUGGCGGGUUGACCGCACCCCUCAACUACUAUCGCUCACUACUCAGUAACGCCCUUUACAAGCACCAGGAAGUGGAGGUGCCGUGCCUGCUGAUCUGGGGCGAGGCUGACAGCAUCCUGGUAGAGGGGAUGUCUGGGGGCACCAGGCCCUACGCCCGGGGAUCCGUCACUUUGCACACCAUCCCUGGGUGCAGCCACUGGGUACAGCAGGACCAGCCGGAGACAGUCAACCAGCUGCUGUGGGAGUUCCUUCUGGAUAGGGAGAAGGACGUGGAGCGCUGCUCUGCACGGAGAGGUGCAGGCUGGGCCAUCAAGUGGACCAGAGAGUAAAUGGAUGGUGGUCCUGAACUGCUGGGAAUUUGGGUCGGGGCCAAUUCAGAAAGUAAACCAAAUUUCACAUUUUCCUCAUUGCAAAGCAUUGAAGAGAAUUGGAAUUUUUGUGUAUUCCUGAAAUGACUGGAAUUGAAAUAUAAUUGACCUCAACCCUGCUGGGAAUCACCACUAUAACCGUUUCACACUACUGAGCCGAGCAAAGCUGGCCUGGUUACGCAAUCACCAUUGUUGUUGGAACCGUGCUAGAAAAGACAAUAUCUAAGCCAGCACAGUAUGGUUUGGGUCAGCAGGAUUGUGUGGAAAAGGUUAUUGCGGUUUUGUUGUCUUUUUUUUUUGUCCACAAUUGUAAUGCGUUGUAUUUUAGGCCUCUCUACUAUUCUCACUGACUUCAGCCAGUUCAUAUUGAUACAGUGGCCCUGUCUCAACCUAUUGCCAUCAUAACUGUAUCAUGUUACCAAAGCAAACCCAGUCACCGCCUGGACAUUAAGACCACUGGCUCCAGACACAAUGUCCCGUACUGUAUCAACUGUCUACAUUUCCAAACUCAUGGAAAUAAAUGAGAUUCAAUCAUAUU